AUGGCGGUCAAGGUGACUUCGGCAUCGCUUGCUUUACGUUUCAGAAAUCGCUUUUAAUGUUGUCUGCAUGUUUUAUCUGUUUUGUUGUAUUGGGGAUAUGACUAUAUCGUUUAAGGGAUCAUUUGAGUCUGUAUUUGGCGGGUGUAGGGCAUUCAUUGCUCCUAGCGUCACUGCGCUAACGCCCGGUCUCUGGCCUUGAAUGAACAUCCACAAACCAGAGUUAGCGAUAAGGCUAGCACUAGCUACUACAUCUGAUUAACAUUGCGAUACUAGCUAUCUACUAACUCGCAAGAUUGUGCAAUAAUGACAACCGCAUCACUCAACUACCAUCAUGUGUGUCUAAAUACACUAUUAUCAGCUCUGCUCUUUGCUGUUUUAAACCUAACGAGUCAUUUGAAGAAGGGUUUGUGUCUUCAUUUUUUUAGUAACGUUACUGUAGCUAACUAGCCAGUAGCUAGCUAGUUAGCAGUAGCAGUGUUUCCUGGUCAACUCGCCUGCAGUAACAGUUUGUGUGAUACUUUGCAUUAGCAUUUGUUUUGACAAGCAUUGUCUGUCUCGUAGGAUAGCAUUCUUUCAAGUCCUCUGUUUGCUUUUGGAAUCUUUUCAUGUCAUUUCCAAUUGCAAGGAGACACUCACUCAAAGCAUUCCAGCUGAUUUAUCCCAGUGUCAGCUAGCUACGAUUGAUUACAAAACCAAACAGCCUUACUAGUUAACAUUUUACAUUAUGUACAUGUCAAUAGUCGCUGUGUUUUCGUUUUUGCUGCAGAACGACUCAUUACCUUACAUGUUUUAUCUUAAUCAUAUUGCUUGGCAGGUGCAAUCCACCAAACGGGCAGACCCGAGCGAGCUGAAGGUUAUCUUUCAGAAGGUAAGAACAACUCUUUGUCCUUCAACUUUAGCCUGCCACAAAUUAUCACUGUGCACAUGCAGUUUAUAUGCAAAGUGACUCACAAUCACAGCUUGGAAUCAGCUACCCUCCCUAAAUCAUAACCACCUCCAUCAGGAAGAUGAUGUAAAACUGACUAUAGUUAAGUUCCUCUGGGAAACAUCUAGGGUCACUUUCCCCCCAGGGUGAACUGUAGAAUCCGAGGCUAGAGGUCAGAAGUCACGAUUUAACUUGAGGGUACCUUGUGGGGAGCUGUAUCACUAUGCUCUUUAAAGACUAACACACACGUUAGGUAGUUUGGACCUUGAGCUGUUCUUGUCUGUUAAUGUUCUGUAUUAUUUCAUGUUUUGUGUGGACCCUAGGAAGAGUAGCUGCAGCUUUCGCAACAGCUAAUAGGAAUCCUAAUAAAAUACCAAACUACUCAAAAACACACACAGUAAUGGUGAAAGGUGUAUCUCAAUAGUGUUUCCUCUUCAUCCGUUUUCCUCUUCAUCUGUUCUACAUGGAGGACAGGAGAAGAGGUUAUAGACCAGAAUGCUCCCUAUGCAUUAAAGCACUGAGAAGGGCAGGUACAGGCAUGGCAUGAGGGCCUGGCUGGUAGGAAACAUAAGUGGCAGUUACUCUUGACACAAGAAGUCCCUCUGACAUAGCUUGAGUCAUGUGACAUUUGCCUGUGUUAGGUGUUUGAAUGUGGCAGGCAGUGAGUGAGGGAGUAAGCAAGCAUUGGCUGAAUUCCAAAGCUGAAUGCCUGGGUGGGGGGUCACACAGUAUAUGUAAAAUGUGUAUGUCAUGUUAGAGGUCAUAUAUCAGUGAAAACAUUGUACAGCAUUUAGUAUUCAGUAUUUCUAAGAACCCACUGAAGCUGUGAGGUCCAUGUUGAACAUAAAUAAGGGCUCUUCUACUGUGUAUUCGCAGUUGCACACUGUUGUGCUUGAGUGACAUCCUUCAUCGCUCUGGACAAAACAGCAGUCAGUGCCUUGUAUUGGUUAAAAGAGCUGCUGAAAACAUAACAUAAAGCCUAAGAUGGCUUAGCUCACAAAGCAUUGGAAAGCUGGGGCGGCAGGUAGUCUGAGCCGACUAGGUGAAAAAUCGGUCAAUGUGCCCUUGAGCUAGGCACUUAACUCUAAUUGCUCCUGUAAGUCGCUCUGGAUAAGAUGGUAAAGAGAUGUUACACAAUACUUUCUGCAAAGUUCUUAUUCCUCUAAGAAAUGGGAAUCUGAAUCCUUGUAAAUAGACUAGUUCACCAUGAGCUGUCAGUAGGACAUGCCAAGUCAUACGCGGGAAGUAGGGGUGCUGAGUGUGUGGCAGCAACCCCUGAACAAUAAUAAUUAUGAUGAUGAUGAUGAAUAAAUACAAUAUUUAAAAAAAGAAGGGGGUUUUCCCACGUAAGUGGUGCAUUGGGCAUUUAGUGGUAUUAGCGGACCGAUGGACGUCUGUAGCGUGGGCAAAAGAAAAUCAUCUGCAUCUCCGCUUUGGCAAAAAGGUAGUUGUGUAAUAAAGAACAGUAUGUUGCAGGAUUCAUUAGUUGGAAUUGUAAGAGUUGUUGCCCUGUCCCUUUCUCUGCGAUUCUGUCAUUCUAAUGGCAUCCAGAAAGAACAAAACCCUGUCCUCAAACAUUUACAUCAAAACCCUGUCCUUAAACAUUUACAUCAAAAGGUGCAAAGUUAUGGGCAAAGACACCCAACAUCCACAUCAAAUUAAAUGUUUGUCUUGAUCAAAUAACAUGAAAAACAUCCACUUCUUGUGCAGUAUUAAUUUACCAUCCUUACAAACCACUUAAUGUAAAUGUAUAUUACUGUAUUGUACAUAGGCUGCUCAUAUAGGUUUGUACCUGUAGACUUUCCAUCACCAUGAAGGAUAAACAAUGCACAAUACAGUAAUUGAGUACAGUGAGACAUCAAGUGGUUUGUGAUGAUGUGGCUCAGUUGGUAGAGCAUGGCGCUUGCAAUGCUAGGGUUAUGGGUUCGAUUCCAAUGGGGGACCAGUACGAAAAUGUAUGUGCACUCUCAACUGUUAGUUGCACUGGAUAAGAGUGUCUACUAAUAUGUAAAAGGAACGAAUAGACCAUUUCAGUUUUCACAGAAAUAAGUUGCAUUUGCAAAGUAUUUCAAGAAUCUGGAAAACAUAUCAAGCAAGUAUUUUUGUAUUCCACAAGUAUUAUCAGAUUAACGUUUUUGUUCCUGAUAAUUAUCAGACUCAAGUCACAAAUGCUGGUAAAUACUCACAUAAAUUUAGUUUAAAUUAUUUUCACAAAAGUAGUGCACUGGGCCUUUACUAGUCCUGUAUUAGCAGACCGAUAGACGGACCGAAAUAGACGUCUAAAGUUUUUCUUUUGCAUCUUUUUUAAAAACAUUUUAGUCAUUUAGCAGACGACUUACAGGAGCAAUUAGGGUUAAGUGCCUUGCUUAAGGGCACAUCGACAGAUUUUUCACCUAGUCGGCUCGGGGAUUAGAACCAGCGACCUUUCGGUUACUGGCACAACGCUCUUACCCACUACGCUACCUGCAUCUCCUACACCUUAGCAGGAAACUCAAUGACUCGAUGUCGGUUUCUGUCGUAACCGUCCUGAUAAUGGUCAGGGUUACGAUUGUUAUACCAGUACAGGGAAGGGACCCAAUGUGACGUUAUUUGUUUCUGUCGUAACCCCUCCAGCAUGCCAGUGUGGUGGAUGCGGAUGGUGAGAAGUUGAUGACCCCGGGGGACUUUGUGCAGAAGUACCUUGGCCUGCAAACACAGAUCCACCACAACCCCAAAACUGUCCAGCUCAUCGCAGGUGUAGCUGAUACCACCAAGGACGGGUAAGGAGCUGUCUACAUUCACCCUCUCUCUGUCCUCCCCCUCUUUCUCUUUGUCUAUCUGUGUUUCGCACCCUCUCUUCACCAAAGAUGGGUGAAGAGCUGCCUCCCUUCUCUCUCUCUUUCUGUGGACAUGAGGAACAGUUGCUCAAGCUUCCUGCCUUUCUCUCUCUCUCUCUCUCUCUCUCUCUCUCAGGGCUUUAUUGGCAUGGGAAACGUAUGUUAACAUUGCCAAAGCAAGUGAAGUAGAUAGUAAACAAAAGUGAAAUAAACAAUAAAAAGUGAACAGUAAACACUGUGAACAAAUUACACUCAGAAGUUCCAAAAGAAUAAAGACAUUUCAAAUGUCAUAUUAUGUAUAUAUACAGUGUUGUAACAAUAUGCAAAAAAAUAGAUAAAGUACGAAUGGGAAAAUAAAUAAACAUAAAAAUGUGUUGUAUUUACAAUGGGGUUUGUUCUUCACUGGUUGCCCUUUUCUUGUGGCAACAGCUCACAAAUCUUGCUGCUGUGAUUGCACACUGUGGUAUUUCACCCAGUAGAUAAGGGAGUUUAUCAAAAUUGGGUUUGUUUUGGAAUUCUUUGUGGAUCUGUGUAAUCUGAGGGAAAUAUGUGUCUCUAAUAUGGUCAUACAUUUGGCAGGAGGUUAGAAAGUGCAGCUCAGUUUCCACCUCAUUUUGUGGGUAGUGUGUCUUCUCUUGAGAGCCAGCUCUGCCUACGGCUGCCUUUCUCAAUAGCAAGGCUAUGCUCACUGAGUCUGUGCAUAGUCAAAGCUCUCUUUAAGUUUGGGUCAGUCACAGUGGUCAGGUAUUCUACCACUGUGAACUCUCUGUUUAGGGCCAAAUAGCACUCUGUUUUUUUGUUAAUUCUUUCCAAUGUGUCAAGUAAUUAUUUUUGUGUUCUCAUGAUUUGGUUGGGUCUAAAUGUGUUGUUGUCCUGGGGCUCUGUGGGGUCUGUUUGUGUUUGUGAACAGAGCCCCGGGAUCAGCUUGCUUAGGGGACUCUUCUCCAGUGUCUUCCAAUUUUCCCAGAAGUGGUUAGAUUCUAUGGAUUUUUCACUUGCAUUGAGCAGAUUCUGACAUGCUGUUCCUUCUUUUUCCGUAGUGUAUUUCUGUAUUGUUCUAGUGAUUCACCAUAGUGAAUGUAGGCUCAGGUUUUCUGGGUCUCUUAUGUUUUUGGUUGGAUAGGUUUCUAAAAAAAAUAUCUUAGGUUUUUGCAUUCUUCAUCAAACCAUUUGCCAUUUUUACAUUUCUUAGGUUGUCUGCUUGACAGUUUUAGAUUUGAUAGGGAAGCUGAGAAGUCAAAUAUACUGUUUGGUUUUCUACUGCCAAGUUUACAUCUUCACUAUUACAGUGAAACGUUUUGUCCAGGAAGUUGUCUAAAAGGGAUUGCAUUUGUUGUUGCCUAAUUGUUUUUUGGUAGGUUUCUACACUACUUUCCUUCCAUCUAUAGCAUUUCUUAACAUUAUGCAUUUUCCUUUUGGCUUUGAUGCCUCAUGAUUUGAGUAUUGCUCAGUUCAAGUAGACAGUGAUUUUGCUGUGAUCUGAUAGGGGUGUCAGUGGGCUGACUGAACUCUCUGAGAGACUCUGGGUUGAGGUCAGUGAUAAAGCAAUCUACAGUACUACUGCCAAGGGAUGAGCUGUAGGUGUACCUACCGUAAGAGUCCACUCGAAGCCUACCAUUAACUAUGUACAGACCAGUGGAGGCGGCUGAGGGUAGGACGGCUCAAAAUAAUGGUUUGAUGUAUUUGAUACAAUUCCAUCUAUUCCGCACCAGCCAUUACCAUGAGCCCGUCCUCCCCAAUUAAGGUGCCACCAACCUCCUGUGGUACAGACCCAACAUGCGGCAGAGCUGCAGGAGUUGUGACCCUUGUUUUUGUUUUGUUUUUUUGUCAUAGUUGUGUCUAGGGUGGCAUAUGGGGGAGGGAAUGCUGUCACCUCCAGGUAGGUGUUUGUCCCCCUGUGUGCUGAGAGUGUCAGGUUCUUGUCCAGUUCUUUUUUAGGUCGCCACAGACUAGUACAUGUCCCUGGGCCUGGAAAUGGUUGAUCUCUCUGUCUCUCCACUCCUAACAUCAACAAUGUGAGAUUGUUUUCAUUGAGCAGAAGGCUCCUGCAACAGGGAAUGAUAGAGUGAUCUGACACACACAGACAAGAAUGGUGCUGCUCAUCACAGUUAAUUAGGAUGUUAUUGGGUCUGUAAGAACAGUAGCUUCCGUAAUGGACCCUCAUAGAUAAGAUUACACACACUAGAGGUGGGAUGAUAAACUGAAUUAUGGACACCAACCACUUGUCAUGGACAUUUAGCUUAUCACGGUAGUAGGGCCCUACUAGAGAAAUGUGAAGAUUGAAAUGAAAAAAGAUGCUAAUAUAGGUAAUUGUUAAUGUGACAAUUGAUAGCUACAACAUUCAAAAUAGUGGUCGUUUUAAGGGUAUUAUAAAAAUACAAUAAAUAACUGUGGUGUGCACAUUGUUAUAAACUUAUCGUUCUGUUUUAUUGUGAUAAUUCUGUCCAUUUAUUAUGAUAUGGAUUUUGGUCCAAAUCUCCCAGCUCUAACACAGACACACACACAAGCAGUUACCAUGUAGCCUAACGGCAGGUAGCCUAGCGGUUAGGGUUGGGCCAGUAACCGAAAGGUCGCAGGUUUGAAUACCCAAGCCAACCAGGUGAAAAAUCUGUCGACGUGCCCUUGAGCAAGUCACUUAACCCUAAUUUGCUCCAGGGGGCGCUGUACUACUAUGGCUGACCCUGUAAAACAACACAUUUCACUGCACCUAUCCGGUGUAUGUCACAAUACAACAUCUAUCUAGUGGACUAUAUGCACUCCUAUGAGAGUUAGACGUAGGAGUUAAUGAUUCAUGUGAUUCUGAAAACAUUUACUCCUUCAAGGUCAAAUGUCUCAAAGAAACAAUGAAAAAUAUCAACAAAUAAAAUAGAAGUCUCACUCAUUGUUUGGCUACAAGGGUCAACUAGUCUUAACCUCAGUCAGUCAGGUAACGGAUAAAAUUAUCAAUAAAAGUGUUGUCUUGCAGGGUGCAGAACCACACAUCUGUGUCAUUCAGAGCUGUUUAAAAGUAAUGACCUCUGACAAGCAGCGAAUCCCCAAUGAACCUUCUACUUUUAAUUCAGUUUACAGAAAUGAAUUCAAAUCCAUUACAAUUGGUUUACAGUAUUUUAAAUGCAUGGGGUAAUUUUAAGAAAUACGGCAUGGCCUAAUCUCGCCCUAGAUCAUUGUUGACAUUUUUAUGAUGUUUCAGUGAAAGCUGAGCCUUUCUCCUUCGGAUUGGAUGUUGUGUAACUGAAGCUUUGUCCUGCAUGGCAUCAUCGUGUGUGUAAUGUCACCCCUCUUUCUCUCUCUCCACAAAACACACCCAGGCUGAUCUCGUUCCAGGAGUUCUUAGCGUUUGAGUCGGUGCUGUGUGUUCCGGAUGCACUCUUCAUCGUAGCCUUCCAGCUGUUUGACAAGACAGGCACUGGAGAUAUCUCUUUUGGUACGUUACUGUCUGUGUGUGUGUGGGGGGGGGGGGUUUGGGGAUUUGUACCUGCUUUUGUCAACUGUUCCCAUCGUUUCAGCCCAGAAAAUGUUGUAAUCAUUUCAUUGUUAAUAGGAUUACGACUUAGCACGCUAUUACGAUCUCUCUAAUACACUGACACUCUCACACACACUUUUUUAGUGCUUGAGAGGAUGUGGGUGGGUGUGUGUGUGCGUGAGCGCGCGCUUGGCAUGCCUAAUAAAAGGGAACCAAUUAUGGUUUGUUAGUAUACUCAAUCAGCCUAAAGGUUACUGUAAUUCAAAUCUGAUGAAUGUGGGCUAUUAAUGGUCUGGCAUAGAAUUAGAAUGAGUAGAACAGAUUUGUCCCUGUGUUCACAGAAAGAAACAGAAUUCUGAGAUGAUGUGAAGACAUUUUAAAAUGGUACACCCAAGAUGGCCGCCGUUCCUCCCAUCACAUAACAUUGCAUUGAAUGGCAAUCUCCAUUCUACUCAUUCCAAUUCUAUGGUUCUCUCUCACGUUAUCCUACCCUUUAACAGAGAAUGUGCGGGACAUCUUCAGCCAGACCACAGUGCACCACCACAUCCCCUUUAAUUGGGACUGUGAGUUCAUCCGCCUGCACUUUGGACACGACCGCAAGAAACGCCUUAGCUACCUUGAGUUCACCCAGUUCCUACAGGUAUUCACUCACUCUCCACUCACGCACUUAUUCACUCACUCACACCACACAGUCACUCACACUCGUUCUCUGUCUACAGGAGUUGCAGUUGGAGCAUGCCCGCCAGGCCUUUGCUCAGAAGGACAAGAACAAGAGCGGCACCAUCUCUGCCAUGGACUUCAGUGACAUCAUGGCCACCAUCCGACACCACGUGCUCACACCGUUCGUGGAGGAAAACCUGGUUUCGGUAAGUGUGUGUGUGUACUGUGUAUAUGAGUGUGUGUGGGAUAACAGAGAGCGAGUCGGUGUGUAAGAGAAGAUGGAGAGAACUGGGGAGUAAAAGAAAGCGAGGGAGGGAGAGUACCCUGUUGAUCACAGGGCGGCACGCCUGUUCUAACCCUCCUCUGUGUGAUUGUCCUCCCAGGCUGCGGGGGGCAGCACCUCUCACAUGGUCAGCUUCUCCUACUUCAACGCCUUUAACUCUCUCCUCAACAACAUGGAGCUGAUCCGCAAGAUCUACAGCACACUGUCCGGGACCCGCAAGGACACACUGGUCACUAAAGGUAACACACUGGCCACUAAAGGUAACACACUGGCCACUAAAGGUAACACACUGGCCACUAAAGGUAACACACUGGCCACUAAAGGUAACACACUGGCCACUAAAGGUAACACACUGGCCACUAAACGUAACACGCAUGUUCCACAUACACAUAUCCAUCCAUACCCCUCGUAUACCCUUCCACACACACGUACACUGUACUGACACACACCAGGGUUCUCCCCAAAGAAUGGAAGAGAGGCACUGCGCCACCUUUGGACUGGCUGCUCCACUAUGUAAUAAAAAACUAAAAGUAAGUAAAUGUUGUAUUAUUAUUUGUUGCUUUAUUUGUUCUCAUAUAAGGCCAUUUGUUGCUCUAGAUUACAGGAAAUGGCAGUUACAGGUGUUAGAAAACACAUAAGAGUCCAAAGGGGGGCACUAACACCCUCCGGGUCUCCUCCCUGGUCGUACUCAGCAGCACCACCUGGGGAGAACCCUGCACACACACUUGUCAGAAGUGCUCAAGACAUGUUAGAGUGAGCGGAGUAGUGGGAUCACACCUUCCAGUCAUCUGUUAGCUGCCAGCAGAGGAACUGUCAUGUUGAAGAGGGACUUGGCGAGCUCUCUCAAUCUAUGUAGUACGUCUGUGUUAUGCAGACUAUUUACCUUUUUCUCUCUCUAACACCCUCUCUCUUCCUCUCUUCCUCCCUGUCUCUCGAUCUCCCUCUCUAGAGGAGUUUAUCUUUGCUGCUAACAAGUUUGGCCAGAUCUCUCCCAUGGAGAUCGACAUCCUGUACCAGCUAUCAGGCCUGCACUCCCACUCUGGGUAAACACACACACAUGCAUGAAUAUCGCUCUUCAGCCUUGUACUGUAUGCAUAAUAUAUGCAUGUGUCCCUUACACAAUCAUACCUGUUCAGAGUGCUGGGGCAAACCUAUUGAAUAUUGUGUGGUAAUGGUGCUGUGUUGUCUCAGACGUCUGAACUUUUCGGACAUUGAGAGGAUAGCCCCACUGGAGGAGGGAGCGCUACCCUAUCACCUGGCUGAGAUACAGAAACAGGUAAGAGACCUGUGUGUGCAAGUGAAUGACUGUGUGUGUGACUGUGUGUGUGUGUGUGCGCGCGCACAAGUAAAUGAGCAUGCAUGUGUGACUGUCUCUCUGUAGCAGAGCCAGGGUGAUGGUUCCAGGUCAGUGUUGCUGCAGGCUGCAGAGUCGGCCUACCGGUUCAGCUUGGGCUCUAUUGCUGGAGGUAAGGGACUGGGGGGGUUGAUGAGAUGGGGGACUGGGGGGGUUGAUGAGAUAAGGGACUGGGGGGGGGUUGAUGAGAUAAGGGACUGGGGGGGGUUGAUGAGAUGGGGGACUGGGGGGGGUUGAUGAGAUAAGGGACUGGGGGGGGUUGAUGAGAUGGGGGACUGGGGGGGGGUUGAUGAGAUGGGGGACUGGGGGGGGGGGUUGAUGAGAUGGGGGACUGGGGGGGGGGGGUUGAUGAGAUGGGGGACUGGGGGGGGGGGGGUUGAUGAGAUGGGGGACUGGGGGGGUUGAUGAGAUGGGGGACUGGGGGGGGGGGGGGGUUGAUGAGAUGGGGGACUGGGGGGGGGGGGGGGGUUGAUGAGAUGGGGUAGGGGACUGGGGGUGGGGUGUUAAGGGACUGGGGGGUUAGGGUUAGGUUUUGGGGUUUGGGAAAAUAGGAUUUUGAAUAGGAGUCAAUUGUCCCCCACAAGGUUAGUAAAACAAGACUGUGUGUGUGUAGCUACGGGAGCCACGGCGGUGUAUCCUAUAGACCUGGUGAAGACCAGGAUGCAGAACCAGAGGAGUACAGGCUCGUUCGUAGGAGAACUUAUGUACAAGAACAGCUUUGACUGUGCCAAGAAGGUGCUGCGCUACGAAGGCUUCUUCGGCUUCUACAGAGGUACGGACAGACACUUCUUGGCUGCUCUCCUGAUCACUCUUCCUCUCUUAGCUGCUGUUUUCCUUUCUCUCGCCUCCUCUCUUUUCUCCUGGUCCACAUAUUUUUUUUAUUACCUGCUCUUCUUUUACCUUUAUGGGCUACUCUCCUCCUCCGCUCUCUCUUCUGUUGAUGGACAAAGGACUGCAAGGCUGCCAUCUAGUGUUGGCUCACCCACACUAAAUCUGCAUCCGUCCAUUCACCCACUUCCUUUGUCCUUUUUAAUUCUCACCUUUCCUUCAUUCUCAUCCCUGCACUCUUUUCUCCUCCCUUCUCUCCUUCUACACUGAGAAACUAGUCAUCAUGAGAUGUGGUUCAUGUCAUAUGUGGACUCAAUCUCCCAUGCUGCUCUCCAGGUCUUCUUCCCCAGCUCAUAGGCGUGGCUCCAGAGAAGGCCAUCAAACUCACAGUGAGUCAAACUCCUCCCCUUCCAGUCCACUCAGCCAAUCACUAUGGAGAUGCAACUUAAGAUAACACUUCAUUCCCUCUGUAGUAUCUUUCUGCUGAUUCGCUCUCUCUCUGUCCCCCCUCUCUCCCUGUAGGUGAAUGACUUUGUGAGAGACAAGUUCACCGGUAAAGGUGACACCAUUCCCUUUGCUGCUGAGGUGCUGGCUGGAGCCUGUGUGAGUAUGACUGGCCCUGUUCCAUCUCACUCAAACUACCCAGCCCAUUCUAUUCCACCUAAUCCUACCUAAAUGGGAGGGUGUGGUAGCAACCCUCUCUUCCUCGUCCAUCUCUUGCUAACUUAUUUCCCCUUAUGUCUCUCUCUCUGCAGGCAGGGGGUUCCCAGGUGGUCUUUACUAACCCGCUGGAGAUAGUCAAGAUCAGACUGCAGGUGGCAGGAGAGAUCACCACAGGGCCCAGAAUCAGCGCCCUCAGUGUCAUUCGAGACCUCGGCUUGUUUGGCCUCUACAAGGUGUGUGUGUGUUUGACCAUUACGUCUGGUGGCAUUGUUCUUGUAAUUUGGGAAACAGGCCUUUUUGAUUGAAAAUAAUGUCACUUACUCUUUGUGUGUGUGUGUAGGGUGCUAAAGCAUGUUUCUUGAGAGACAUCCCUUUCUCAGCCAUCUUCUUCCCGGUGUACGCCCACACCAAGGCUCAGUUCGCCGACGAGCAGGGAAGACUGGGCGCGUUACAGCUGUUAGCUGCUGGAGCCAUCGGAGGUACACACACUAUACAGACCUACCCAGAGUUGCAAUUCAAUUCCAUUUUAUUUGACUGUCAAACAGUCCUAGCCUCCGGUGAUACCCUUUCUUACUCCAUUUCCCAGGUAUCCCUGCUGCCUCUCUGGUGACGCCUGCUGAUGUCAUCAAGACACGCCUGCAGGUAGCAGCGAGGGCAGGACAGACCACCUACACUGGAGUCACGGACUGCUUCAGGAAAAUCAUGCAGGAGGAGGGAUUCAGAGCACUGUGGAAGGGAGCUGGAGGUGUGUGUGUGUGUGUGUGUGUGUGUGUGUAUGUGUCUGUGAGUGCAUGCAGAAAUGGGAAUUUGCUUACUUUCUCUCUUUCUCUCCCCAGCUCGUAUGUGUCGAUCCUCUCCUCAGUUUCGGGGUGACUCUGGUGACCUAUGAGCUUCUACAGAGGUGGUUAAAUGUGGAUUUCGGAGGACAGUAAGUACACACACACACACACACACACUCUCCCCACUGUUAUAACGCAAGUUAGCAUUUUUAGGUAAGAUACAAUGUCUCACAUUUUUUUCUCUCUCCAGUCGUCCAUCAGGGUCUGAGCCCACUCCUAAGUCUCGUAUCUCGGAGCUUCCUCCGGUCAGCGCUGACCACGUGGGCGGCUACCGUCUGGCUACGGCCACCUUCGCUGGUGUGGAGAACAAGUUUGGCCUCCACCUGCCCAAGUUCAAGUCCUCUGGAGUGGUCUCCAUACACCAUGACACCUCUUCUGCCCCCCCCCAAGAGGAGGCUACUGCCCCCUAA